AUGGCAAGCGAACGAGCAGCGGAUAUCAACACCAUAUCCCAAGAAAUAAAAACAUUUUCUCACAAGUUUCCUACUGCGGCGGUGGUCUCGACGCCCAAUGUCGAGAAUCUCGACAAACUGCACAACACGCCGUUGUACAAUGACGAUGCUUCGUCGUCCGUCAAACCCGAUCGGGCCAAGACCACCACUACAGCCAAGAAUGCGGGCAUUGACUAUGUUAUUGUAUUCCAUUUCCCUACCAAGCCAGCCGAGGGACAAUCCCGCGAACAACUGGAAACCAAGGUCACUCAAGCUUUGCAGUCACUGACAAGCAAGUUGACCAAAGUCAAUCUCCGUUUCCAGGUUCGGCCUGGGCAGAUCAAAGGCCAGCUUCUCAUCCUGGUGAGCUGUCCCGUGGAUUCUCUGGAAGAAGCGUGUCGUCGGGAGCGAGUCCGAGAUAUUUUAUUGGGUAUCCGCGUGAACGAGGUGGAAAGUGAGGAAGAUAGCCAAGCACAACCGCAAGAACUCACCGAAGGGGAAAGGUUACGGAUUAUCUAUGACAUUUUAACCGGACCGGAAUCCGAAGGUGGAGCAAAUAUCUCGCCCAUGUUGGAUAAUUAUGUCCAAAGCAUCAUGACCCUUCACGACGAUGACUUUAACAAGCAUUGGAUCCAUUUAUGGACCAAGAAAUGGUAUAUCAACCACGAUGAUCUGAACCAGAUUCGUAAUCAGUUUGGCGAAAAGAUUGCCUUUUAUUUCGCGUUCCUACAAAAUUAUAUGAUGUGGCUUACAGUGCCCACGGUGCUUGGCGGGUUAGUAUAUCUCACCCACAGCAACACGUUGAGCGGCUGGUACUCGUUAUGCAUGCUGGUGUGGAGCGUUUUGUACAUUGAAAUGUGGAAGCGAAAAGAGCAACAGUUGGCGGUGUCGUGGGGCGUCCGCAAUUGUUCAAAAUAUGAAAAACGGCGUCUUGAUUUUAAAGGCGAUCGGACCGUGCGAGAUGAAGUGACGGGUGAAGAAAUGCCGUAUUGUCCAACCUGGAAAAUCUUUGUGCGUCGUACUCUCACGUUUCCCGGGGUCAGCAUGGGCGCCAUCGUUCUCAGCUUCAUUGUAGCCCUCGUUUUCAUCAUUCAGCUGUUUCUGCAUGAAUACUACAAUGGACCACUCAAGCAAUAUCUGCACUACGCACCCACGAUAGGCUACGUUUUAUUGAUCCCGUUCAUGUCUGGUAUCUACAGCAAAUGGGUGCGACUGUUGAAUAACUGGGAAAUGCACAAAACCGAAACUUCGUGGGAGUAUCACUACACGCAGAAAAUUUUUGUCGCCAAUUUUCUCGUGAGCUACUUGUCGCUGUUUAUUACUGCCUGGAUUUAUAUUCCGUUUGGCGAUCAUGUUCUACCGUACCUUACCGAAUUCAAUAUCAGCCAUGAGCAUAAAAAGGUCGACUUUCAACGAUUACGUGAUCAACUGAUUUACUUUAUCAUGACUGGCCAGGUCAUUGGGUUCCUGACGGAAAUGGUCGUGCCAUAUCUGAUGCGCAAGUGGAUGCCAAAAGCCACCAAAUUGACGGACAAAGUGCUCGACAAAGAACCAGACGAUCAGACGUCGCCCCUUGUUUCCACGAAGCAGCCGACCGAUCCCGAAGAAGCCCGCUUGAUGAAAACAAUAUACAGACAAGUGUCGCUUGACGAUUACAAUGUGUAUUCAGACUAUGUUGAAAUGGUGAUUCAGUUUGGCUAUGUAAGCAUGUUCUCCACUGUCUGGCCGCUCACGGCGCUGUGCUGUCUUGUAAAUAACUGGAUCGAACUUCGAGGAGACGCCAUCAAAGUGUGUCGAUACACCAGGGCAGAAAACGCGGGUGCUUGGGUGGGCAAUCUUGAGACGUUGGCAUGGCUGUCGUCCGUGACCAUGGCUUCCUUUGGUUACAUGUUCCAUCCUUCCACUGACCUUCACUCGUCCUAUACACCUAUUUUCACGUUGCUGACCGUUCUCGUGUCGGAACAUAUCUACGUUGGUAUUCGACUCGUAGUUCGUGCUGCCUUGAGUCAAAUUCCUAGUUGGUCCGAUCUGGUGGUGAAGAAGGAGGAUUUCAAAGUAAAGAAACUAUGGUUGGAACGAUUCAUGAAGAGAGACCAGCCUAUACUCACCAAGCGCACCCCUCAAUCCUUUUUGAACCAUGGUCUUGCAUCACGGCUGUGGUCCAACGAACCCACCGACUCGCAGCUUCAAGCCGUCCAGUUGGUGGCAGAUACCUUUAAAACAUCCUAG